CUGCAGACACCUUUAACAGUUUUACUAUGAAUCUCUCACAGAUGUCAAAGCUUCUCAUAUAGGAGAGCACCUAGUACAAGAUGUUGAAAUUAGCAUUCCACCACCGCUCGGAAAAACAGAAUCUCAGAUGGCAAAACUUUCACAACUCUGGCACCUGUCAACAUUGAUGUUCUUAAAACUAAGCAGAACCUGUAAAACCGGCAGAGGAACGAGGUGAAGAAAGAUCCAAGAAAGUCCCUUGAGGGAAAAUGUGUGUCGAAGGCAGCAGCAGAACCCCAAGAUCCCAAGGACCAAUCCGUAUGGGGCGGGGACUUGGGCUCCCUAUAGUCAGGUGUUUCCCGGGCAGUUGGGACUACGUCUAUGUUUGUGAGAGAGGUCAGUUAUCCAGGUCAUCACUCACCGGACAGCAGGAGAGGCGCUCUUUCAGUCCUUCCGCGAACCCGCUGCCAAACUCCACUUCCUCCCCCGUCCAUGCUCCCCCCGCCAGGCCGGCCAGUCGAAUGGAGGACAAGCCCGCCAGGCUGCCCGCACACCUGCGUCUGCAGCCCAUGUUCUGGAGUCGGGAGGACGUGGCCCAGUGGCUCCGGUGGGCUGAGAAAGAGUUCGCCCUACGUCCCAUCACCAGCGGGUCCUUCCAGAUGAACGGCAAAGCCCUGCUGCUGCUCACCAAGGAGGACUUCCGCUACCGCUCACCCCACUCUGGGGACGUCCUGUACGAGCUGCUGCAGCACAUCCUGAAGCAGAGGAAGUCCUCAACCUUGUACCCGUCCACCUACUUUCCCGGGAACUCCUUCGCUCUGCUGCCUGAAGCCAGCGGCCAGCAUCUGAAGCUGGAAGAAACGGUACGACGGGGUCCAUGUGGUACAGAGCCCCUCCCUCAGCACCCCCCAACCAUUGAGCUCCGGCACCGCUCCCGCUCUCCCCACCACACCACCCCCCGACAGUCCCCGCCAGAGGCAAACCAUUCGCGGCCCGCCAGCGACGACCACCUCCAGACCUUUUCCCAGCUCCCCGACAGCAACCACCACCUCCAUGAGGACAUGUACCCCCUGUCCGUUUCCCCGAAUGCCCCCAAUGGCCGCUGCGUGACUCCCCAGGACGUACCGUGCCCGCGCAGCCCCGGGGUCCAGGAGACGGGACCUCCUCGCGUCAUCCAACUCAUACCCAGCAACAUCAUGAACCCGCUGUUCCUCAGCCCUAGCAGGAGUGGCGGUGGUGUGAACAUGGAGUUCAGGAACAGCCGCGGCGGGACGACGCUGGAGAAUGGGCGUGAAGGGAAAGUUCAUGUGCACCAGCAUCAGAUCCAGCUGACUCAGCAGCAUCUUCUGCAGCAGCAGCAAGAGGAUGCACUCUACAGGAACCACGGCGUCAUGCCCGUGUCACCCGAGGAGCAGCAGAUGCCCAUCGGACGGAUAGCAGACUGUAGGCUGCUGUGGGACUACGUCUAUCAGCUCCUGUCGGACAGCCGGUACGAGAACUAUAUCCGCUGGGAGGAUCCCGAGAGCAAAGUCUUCCGCAUCAUGGACCCCAACGGCCUGGCCAGGCUGUGGGGCAACCACAAAAACAGAACCAACAUGACGUACGAGAAGAUGUCGCGAGCACUGAGACACUACUACAAGCUGAACAUCAUCAGGAAAGAGCCGGGACAGAGACUUUUAUUCAGGUUCAUGAAAACCCCAGACGAGAUCAUGAACGGGCAGACGGAUCGGCUGGAGCACCUGGAGUCGGACACGGACGAACAAAUCUAUAUCAAAGAGGAGUGCUGAGGACUUUUGGGAGACCCUUGAACUACAACAGCCGCUGAUGCCUUAGAGAAGCAGCUCUGAACAAUGACGGACGAGCCUGGGAUGGACUCCUCGAAUCAACCCCAGAAUCCUUCAGAGAGUUUUUUGGUAGUUUUGAUUGUCUGCCGAAGCCAAUCGCCUUCCGCUUGUGACACUUUUAAUGUUGUGCUUUAUGUAUGACGGCCUUUUUCUGUUCGUUCAAAGAUACUGGGGGGUUGUGUGUGCGUGUUUGCGUGCGUGGAUGUGUGGCUGGAACACUUUUGAUCACAAGUAAACAUUUUUGGAUCAUACUUUGGACGUUUUUACUGAGCUUCGUGGUGCCGUGCGUGUCAUUCCACCUGUGUACACAUGGUGGCGGUACAAGACAACUAUUGUGAUUCCCGGUAUCCUGAGCCGCAGCAGUUCAGGAAACGUUUCGUCAACUUUUAACUGAGCCACUGUGUCUUGAGAGACAUUCCACCUUC